AUGGCAGCGAAAGGGACCGGGCUGGGCAAUGUGGGCGGAACCCUCAUCGAAGGUCGGGCUUUGCCAGCGCAACAAACGCCCUUUCGCCCCUACAAGCCGAGCAGGGCGCUCGUUCGCAUCAAAAUGGAUAGCACUACAGCUGAUUGGAACAACUUUCUCGGCUCUGGGGUCUACUCCGAAAUCGUCUCGACCGACUUCGGCUUGCAGGGCUGUGAGGCUGGAGCCGCUAUCUGGACAUCAAUCCUUCGCUCAGGAUUGGUCCCACGUGGGAAUAGCCUCUUCCGCAACCCAGAUGCCUAUGGCGUUGUGCGUCACCCAGCGACGAUGCACGAUAUGCCAGCAUGGGUUCAGCAGUCCAUGGUGCAACAAGACGCCUGCGACGCUACCGCAACAGCUAGCUUCCCGAUUGCUGAAGACACGUGGGAUAGUAGCAGCCUGCCUGCGGCAGAUCUCAAUCAUGUAGCGCAUGAUGUGGUCGGAACUGCAAGCCUUAGCGUCGGAGACGAUGAGCACGUCAGUCUCGGUAGACAACCAUUCCCGAACUCUACCUCGGAAGCCCCAGCUGUUUCUGAGGAAGGAAGGAGGGGCGAUGCCGGAGACUCUGGCUCCGCUCGCACAUGUUCCUGCCCUGUCUGUCUGGAUCUGCACACUAAUUGGUUCUCAUCCAAAGCUCCAAGCCCUGGCUUGGUGCCGAGAGCACAAUAUUCCUGCCGUCUACCAGCCUGUGACUGGAUGGCCCGAGGUCUUGACGGCGCGACAGUGAAUCGCUACACCAAUGCACUACUCCGGCACGAGAAGUCCCAUUUCAGCCAAAAGGGAGGAUUCAAUUGCUUCGAAGAGCAAUGCCAGUACGUCACCAAACGUUGGGGCGAUCUGACACGGCAUUAUAGCUCUAAGCACUGUACAAAUAAUGCUCGUAGGUUCACGUGUCCUGUGCUUUGGUGUAAGUAUAGCCGCGGUGGGUUUGCACGAAAGGACAAGCUUAAGAGCCAUGUGAAAAAUGUUCACCGUGGGCAGGCUGAGUCUGGUGUCAGAGCGGGCCAGGUGAUCAGACCAAAGGGCGAAGACGGUCUUUAG